AUGAAGAUUCAAAAUUUUCAACAUCUAUUUGGAAAACCAGCUUCGAUUAGGAGGUUAUUAGGGCUGAAUUAUGGGAAGAUUACGAGGAAAGUAAAGAAAUCGAAGCCCAAAAAGAGGAAAAUUAAACAGGUUAAAGGUUUGGGGAAAAGGGUGAAUUUCAACCCAUCCUAUUAUGCAUGCAUUGCUCCCAGAAAGGAAAGAAAAAAGAACAGUAAAUCGGCCUCAGGUUCAGCGCGUAUUAACGAUAGAAGAAACAGUUCUCUAGGCGUUGCUUCAGAUCGUAACAAGGAAAGUGAUAACUCUUUGACUGAUUCAGAAGUAUUGAGAUGUAAUAAUAGAUUGCUUAAUAAUAGUAACUCUGAAGUGGGGAAGAAACUAUGGGAUGUUAUUUCGAAAUUGGGUGUUAUUAUUAGAGAAGAUAAAAGUGUUAGCAUGAAGCUUGUAGAGGCGAUGGAAAAAAGCAAAAUUUCUCAAUUUGAGGUCUCUUUGGCUUUGUAUUUUUGGGGAAAUCCGGAGGUUGAAUGGACGGCGUGUAACUCCAGGGGUGUUUCCGGUGGUAUGGUCAUUUUGUGGAAUAAAAAUUCCCUUGCCCUUAACUUCAGUUUCAUAGGUCUGGGCUUUGUGGGGAUUAACAUAAACUGGAAGGGUGGGGUCUAUAACUUUGUUAACGUGGAUGCAUAUUGCAACGCUACCGAUAGGAGAGUAAUGUACAGAGGGAAGAUUCAUGUGGCUCAAAGGAAACCGGGCGAAAAUGAGUAG